CUUAACAAAUAACUUUUUGACGAACGAAAGUUUCUAAUUGAGUGCCAGCGCUUUAAUCUUGACAUGGCGAAUUCCAAGUUGCUCAUCAUUCUUGUCAUUGUAGCCACUUAUGUUCCUUCAAUUUUGGCAACAGAUUUCGUGGUUGGAGAUGCCACAGGUUGGACCACUAAAUUCGAUUACCAGAAGUGGGCUGAGGGGAAGGAGUUUCGCGUCGGUGACAAACUUAUUUUCAAUUAUCCACAGGGAGCACACAAUCUGAUGAGAAUAACUGAUGCAGCUUCCUACCAACAGUGUGUGAAGUCACCUAAUGCUAGAACUUCGAGUUCAGGAAGUGAUGAAAUUAUACUAAGUUCACCUGGAAAGAAAUGGUACAUUUGUGGAGUUGGGCAGCAUUGUGAGGUUGGAAAUCAAAAGCUAGCAAUAACAGUGUUGGCUGAAGGUGAAACUUUACCUCCAGUAUCUGCUCCUUCUCCUUCAACUACUCCUCCACCAUCUGCUGCAACUGGAAGGACUGCGUCACUUUUCUAUGGAUUCAUGGCUGUUGUGGCUGCUUUUGUUGGAAUCUUGAUGGUUUAGUAUUGAAACUAACAGUGCUGAUGAUAGGAUUUAAUAUAAUAUUCCUUGAGUAACGGUUUUUGUGUGAUUGUUCUGAGUUUAAUAUUGUUAUUGUUGUAGAUUUGGGAAUAUUGAUUUUAAUUUUGUAUUGUAAUUGAGUUUUAAUCAUUUAGUUGAUGUAUAUGAUCUCA